GUGUGUGUGUGAUAUCUCAGACGUCACAGCCUGCUGUUGGUCCAGUUCAGUUCAGUUCAGUUCACUUUAGAUCAGAUCGGAUCCCCGGAUGAGCCGUUGCUUCUCUCAGGAGGUAAACUGAAGUAAACCCGGACCUGGAGGCGGUUUAACCCGGAACAGCCCGAACCGGAACACUCUGUUUGUUUCUGUUCGACCCAAAAUAAGCAGCAUAAACAAGCAGGGCGGAGGGUGUGGGAGAGCCACCGUUAACGUAACGUCCGUGACGUCGCUCCGCUGGUUUUUCACCAGCACGCCGCGCGUCUGGGGGGUCCACGCCGGGAUUUACCAAGUGAUCGAUUAAUCCGACAGGAGCCUGAACCGUGGGAUCGGUACGCGUGCUAUGAUGGAGAGAAAGAGGACGGACUGUCCCGCUCUGCCGCCCGGUUGGAAGAAAGAAGAAGUGAUCAGGAAGUCCGGGCUGAGCGCCGGAAAGAGCGACGUCUACUACUACAGUCCUUCAGGAAAGAAGUUCCGGAGUAAGCCCCAGCUGUCCCGUUACCUUGGAAAUACAGUGGAUCUGGCAUGUUUUGACUUUCGCACAGGCAAGAUGAUGCCCGGAAAACUGCAGAAAAACAAACAGAGAUUCCGACAUGACCCGCUGAGCAUGGCCAAGGGAGGGAAACCAGACCUGAACACAGCUCUGCCCAUCAGACAGACGGCCUCCAUCUUUAAACAGCCCGUUACCAAGGUUACGAGUCACCCCGGAAACAAGGUGAAGACAGACCUGCAGCGAGCGAUCGAGCAGCCCAAACAGCUGUUUUGGGAGAAGAGGUUGAAAGGUCUGCGGUCAUCAGACGUCACAGAGCAGGUCCUGCGUACCAUGGACCUGCCCAAAGGAUUGCAGAGUGUCGGUCCAGAUGCGAGUGACGACACCCUGCUGUCGGCCAUCGCCAGUGCUCUGCACAUGAGCUCGGCUCCGAUUACGGGACAGACGUCUGUAGCGGCUGAGAAGAAUCCGGCAAUCUGGCUCAACACGUCCCAGCCGCUCUGCAAGGCCUUCACCGUCACUGACGAGCACAUCCGGGAGCAGGAAAUGAAAGUGUACCAGGCCAGGAGGAGUCUGGAGGAAGCACUGAUGGCUGACAGUUUGGCGCGGGCCGCCGAAAACACCCGAGAGCUGCUCGAGGGGAAGAAGGCCUGAAGACAAGACAGAGUUCCUCUGUUCACCAGCCUCAGGGUUAUCACCGCCUUCAUCUUAAUCCAGACAACAAACCAAAAACCAGACCUCCCACAGCCCAAACGUCACCCGUUCUGAUCCAUUGUUUCCAUGGAUGAUUGCUUCAACCUUCCUGUUGUGGAGCCUUUUUUGCACUUGACAUUUCUAAACAUCUGGAAACAAUAGUUUUUUUUUCCAGAGUCACAGUAGCAACAGUGGGAGCAACAACCACAGCAAUAAUGACACAAUACCAGCAACAAUGCCUCUGACAUCAGAGGCUACAGUAGCAAUAAGUGGAGCCUGAACCAGCUUGAAGCAACCAAAGCCUUUAAUCCUCUCUCUGUGCAAACUUUACAACAAGCAUUUCUUUUAUUGCAGUUUUUCUUUUUAAUAUAAAGUAGAUAAAAAUAAUAAUAAAAAAACAGAAUGUACUUAAGAGCAAGUCCUUCAUAAAGACCCAAAGUCAGGUUGCAAACUGCUGGACGGCUUUUGCUAACUCUACUAACUUUCAUUUUUUGCUCUUUUAUGAUUUUGGUUCCUUUGUGGUGUCAUAUGUCAGCUUCAGGGGUUUUAAUGAAAUAAUGAGAAUUUACAAUUAUAUGAAAUAGAACAAUUACUUAUUUAAAGACAAAUUUUAUACCUUCUGAGAACAUAUGUGUACAUUUUCUGGACUGGACUGGAAUAAAUAAUUAUAUUCAGA